AUGAAAGGACGCUCAAAGUGUGGAGUUAACCCCCAACAAGGCGAGUUCAAAUUCAAAAAUAUUCACUUCUCGAGUAAAUUUGAUUCAGGAAAUCUUUGCUCGGCUAGAGAAAUAGAUCCCUGGUCAUAUGAGCUCCAAAUAUCUCGGGAUUCUAACAGUUCAUACAAAGUGUUUUAUCACUUCUCUGUGACUAAUUUCACCCCAAAUGAGACUUACACAUUUAUACUGAGAAAUCUAAUGCCUCAAGGAAAGUUGUACAAUGCUGGCCUCAGACCAGUGUACAAACCAUUUCCAAGUGAGCAGCAGUGGAAAACUAUACCAGGUGAAAUAAUCUGGAGAACGGAAACAGACGGUUUCUUGGUCAGGUUUGACCACAUAUUCUCAGAAAAGGAUAAAAGUGUUUCCUUUGCCUUUACAUACCCAUUCAGCUACGAAGAGAUCACCCAAAUGGUUGACCAAGUUCAAGAGAAAUGCGAAGAAAAUAAAGAUAUCUAUUUCAAGAGGGAAACCUUAGUCCACUCCCUUGAAAAGAGAAAGAUGGAGCUGAUCACUAUCACAGAUACUUCAGAAAUGACUACAGAUGAAGAGCCUUUGAUCAAAGGAUGUUUUCCUUUGCAUAAAUAAAUUUAUGUCAAGACCAAAGAUCUUUAACAAGCCGACUAUAUUUUUUACGGGAAGGGUGCACCCAGGAGAAACACCAGCCUCUCAUGCUCUUAAAGGAGUUUUAGAUCUACUCACAGAUUUCGAGCAUCCGAUGUGUAAAGCCUUGCUUAAGGAAUUUGUGUUCAAAAUAAUCCCUGUGUUAAACCCAGAUGGAGUUUAUCGAGGCCAUUAUCGUCUCGAUACUAAAGGGCAAAAUCUAAAUAGAUAUUAUACAUCUCCAACGUUGGGAGUGCAACCUACUAUUUUUGCUGCAAAAGCUGCGAUAGCCCAACAGAAAGACCUUGAUAAGCUUAAGGUUUAUAUAGAUUUUCAUGCCCACGCAGGGAAAAAGGGAUGCUUCAUGUUUGGAAACCACCUCUAUGGUCAGAAUCAGGUGAAUAACUGACUUCUGGCCAAACUAGUCUCCCUCAAUAGUAUCAACUUUGAUUUCCAAGAGUGCAGAUUCUCAGAAGAAAUGAUGAAUGUUGUAGACAAGAGAGAUGGUCUCAGCCGUGAAGGCUGAGGAAGAGUCUCUAUCUGGAAAACAACAGAAAUCGACCAUUGCUACACUCUUGAGUGCCAUUACUCGUGCGGGGUCAGAACAAAGAAGCUAACCCCAAUGGUUUGUUCAGAAACAGGUGAAAUUCUUCCAGAAAGGGAAGUAAAUGAUAUCAGUAGCGAUAUGUAUAAAGGAGAUAAGCCUCCUGUAUUCACAAUCGAAAUCCUAGAAGAUGUUGGCAAAGCAGUCUUAGCAGGACUGCUGGAUCUGAUCAGCAAAAACCCUGUUUCAAGACUUCCCAGCUCAAAAUAUAAAGAUGUAUCAGGUGUUAGAAAAGAAAUCGAGAAACAUGUAGAUGAAGUCUGGGGACUUGAUGAGAAACCAGAGAACAAGCCUCAAAGAAGACCAAUUAACUCACUUCCUAGAGUAGCAUUAAUAGGCCCAAAGAAAAAGACCAAAACUCAUGAAGAAAAAGUCCGUGAAAAAUUAGAGAAAUAAAGAAAAGGAUAGGAAAAGGAUUCAAAGGCUCAGAGAAAGUUACCUCAAAGAUCUCAAAGAGAAAGAGAAGAAGACCUCUACUUCUGUUUCCAAAGAGUCUGAGGAGACCAAGAGUCCCACAUCAAAUACCAAAUCAAGAAGCAACUGCGAGAGAGAUUUCAAUAGAGAGGCUUCUGAAGAGAUGUCUUCGUACAAGACUGACCUGAGUUUAUUCACAGAAUCUAAAAUAGAUCUUAUAAAACAUCAUUCAAAUCAAGACUCGUAUAUCCCAUCUUUAGACAGAAUGAAUAUUUACAAAGCAAAAUCUAAUAAUCCAGUUAUAAAUUAUCAGAACAAUAAUAGAAGUAUUCUAGAUCGAAGAGUGAGUAGACUGAAUCCUUCAAAUAGGCUAAAUGUAGCAGAAUCUCCUUCUAAGAUCAACCUCUCCUUCAACACCUCAUGACUACAUCCAUCAGGUAUAUUCCCUCAAAACUUGGGAGGGAGGGAUGAAUGAUUUCAGUUUUUCCUCGACCCCAGGAUGCAUCAAAGAGGAACUUUCAUAGCAAAAGUUCCACCAAAGACUUUCUUUAACAAGCGGAACAAAGUCGUAAACAAGCUAAAUUCAAGACAAAGGAAGGGUAAGACCAAGCCUAGGCAGAAAUCCAGUAUUAUCACCUCAAAAAUUGCCAAAUCUGUUCCUAAAAGUCGAGAAAAGUCCUAUACGUGCAAGCAAAGUUAUCUAUAAAUCUCAGUUCAACUCCUGA